CCAGGGUGUCAGCUGCGGGCAGUGCUACCAAGGUCCAAGGAGCCAACAAUUUGAACAGACGGAGUCAGAGUUUCAACAGCAUUGACAAGAGCAAGCCCCCACAGUAUGCAGCCAGCAACGAGAAAGAACCAUUGAAAAAUCCGCCCUUACCAGGAGGCAUGAAUGGGAACUUGCCAUCCACUGCCAGCACUGGGCAGCAGCAGGUUUCUGCCAUCCCUUCUCCAGGCGCUGGCAAACCCUGGCGCAGCAAGUCAAUGAACGUCAAGCAUGCCGCCACCUCGUCCAUGCUGAGCGUGAAAGUCCCCAGUCCCAUCACCUCUCCCACUGCCUCCACCGACCGGCUCAGACCUCCCCUGCCUGAGGUCACCAAAACUCCUUCCAACGGGCAGAAGUCGAUGCUGGAAAAGUUCAAGCUGAUCAACAACAGGAUAUCCUCGAGACCCCCCUUCUCUCCCAGCUCAGGGUCUGCUGAGGGCGGGAGGGACGAGGGUCCGCAUUCGGAGUGCGGGGAGGCCGAGGGCGGAGGUGGGGGUUCCACCGGCAGCAGCCCAAAAACACAAUCGAAGGGAACGCCCCAGAGGAUAGGGGGGAAGGUCACCAGCAAUAAGAAGGCCACAGCACAAGUGAAGGAGAAAGAGGAGAAGGAGAAGGAAAAGGGCAAAGGAUUAAAAAGCUGCAAAGAAGAGAAAGUGAGUGAUGCCUCCAGAAAGAGCUCAAAAAUCGCCAGCUUAAUCCCAAAAGGAGGCAAGCCGGUGGGAGUCAAGAAGGAGAGUACAAUUCCCGCUUCCAGUGGGAUACCCAAACCAGGAUCCAAGGUUCCCACCGGAAAGUCCACGUCAGUGCCUGGACCUGUAGGGAAGGAGUCGGAGAAAACCAGGACUGCAAAGGCAAGCCAAGGUCACACGUUGCAGAAAUCUCAGGCCGACGGCAAGGCUUCCAGCUCCAGUAGCAUUGCUUCCCUAGAGGGCAGAGGUGCCAGCCUGCCCUCCUCACCCCCUUCCUCCUCCAGCCCGGCCACCCUUUCGGCUUCUGUGGUCACAACCUGUGGGCAGGCGCCAGGCAACAGCAGCAGCAACGGCAACAUGGUCGUCCAGCUCCCUCAGUCACAGCAGCCAUACAGCCACCCCAACACCGCCACCGUUGCCCCCUUCAUGUAUAAAACCCACACUGACAUUGACGGCUCAUCACUGCUCUCUGGUGACACAACAAGUGCCAGCCCUACAAAAAUGGAUUCCAUUUACAGCAAGACUGCCAAACAGUGCCUCGAGGAGAUAUCUGGAGAAGAUCCUGAAACCAGGAGAAUGAGGACAGUGAAGAACAUCGCCGAUCUGCGGCAAAACCUAGAGGAGACCAUGUCCAGUCUCCGAGGGACCCAGAUAAGCCAUAGCACUCUGGAAACAACAUUCGAUAGCACCGUCACCACUGAGGUCAAUGGUCGAAGCAUGGCAGCAGCAACCAGCAGAUCAUCGGCCAUGUCCUGGAGACUUGGCCAGUCCAGCCCACGACUACAGGCAGGCGACGCCCCUUCCCUGGGCACCGGCUACCCACCCCGGCCCAAUUCCAGCCGUUACAUCCAUCCUGAUGGCUCACGCUACGUGUACACUGCACCCCUCCGACGGACAGCAGGGUCAAGAGCUGGUAACACCUCCCAGCUGGAUGUCUCUGAGAAAGGGGGUCCUGAGCUUGACAUGGCCCCCACUGAUGUGGACGUGACUGGUUACAUGAGUGAUGGUGACCUACUGGGAAAGAACAUAAGGACCGACGACAUUGGCAGUGGGUACAUGACUGAUGGAGGCCUCAACCUGUAUACGCGCAGCAUAAACCGCAUCCCAGAUAUAUCAGCCACACGUGACGUCAUACAAAGAGGCGUGCCUGAUAUUUCGGGAGAUGUUGACAGCUGGGAUGAUAGCAGUUCAAUCAGCAGUGGUCUCAGUGACACACUUGAUAACCUUAGUACUGAUGACUUGAACACAACCUCAUCCGUCAGCUCUUACUCGAACAUCACCGCCUCUUCCAGGAAGAAUACCAGAACUCAGCUCAAAACAGACUCAGAGAAGCACUCAACAUCAGAAAAUGAAACUGCUUGGAGCGGUGAAGAAUUGAAAAAGCCCGAGGAAGGACAAGACACGUUGAAGAUGGACUCGAGCGAGAAAUGGAAGAGGAACCCCUCUGAUUUGUCUGAUGAUUCGGAGAAGGGGCAAAGGCCAACCCUGUCCCUGUCUCAAACUGGCUCAUGGAGACGGGGCAUGACAGCCCAAGGAGGGGUACCCACACCCCGGAACAAGCACCCCUUAAAAACCCCAGGAAAAACGGAAGAUGCAAAAGUCUCAGAAAAGGGCAAAGUGUCCCUAAAAAGCACAACGACCCAACACUCUCCCUCAGAGGCAGGAAGGAGCAGCGGAGAUGAAGGGAAAAAGCCACCAUCAGGGAUUGCACGCACGCCGGCUGCAGGAUCCUUUGGAUUUAAAAAGGCCGGCGUCUCCUCAUCCAGUGUCACAACUGCCAGCGGAGCCACAGUGACCAGUGGCUCCGCCACCCUGGGAAAAGUGCCCAAGUCUUCGGGAAUCCCCAGCAAGUCAACAUCUGUCAGAAAGACAAGUCUGGAUGGUUCCCAGAACCAGGAGGACGGGAUCCUGCUGAUCAGCUCCAGGACUAACCUGCAGUAUCGCAGCUUACCACGACCUGACAAGUCCAGCACUGGAAACAUAGCCGGCCGCGGUGGGCACCGUUCCAGUACCAGCAGCAUCGAUUCCAAUGCUGGCGGCAAAUCAGCCGGUAGCACAGCCUCCAAGCUGAGAGAGCCAUCCAAAGUAGGCUCGGGUCGCUCCAGUCCCAUCAGCAUCAGUCAAGGUGACAGAGAGCGGGAGAAGGCAGCCACAGUGUCAGAUCCGGAAAGUAUGUCACUGUCAAGUUCUCCAAAGUCCAGCCCUCCGUCCAUGAACAGCAGCGGAACAUCAGGAUUAAGACAACAGGGCUCUAAGUACCCUGAUAUCUCCUCACCAACGUUCCGCAGGCUGUUUGGAACAAAAACUAGUGGGAAAGCAGGCAGUGUGCCUAGUUCGGAAUCAGUGAAGAGCUCUACUGUCAUCUCUAACCCUCAUGCCUCGCUGACUCGCCAAGGCAGCCUUGAGUCUCCUUCCAUUGGGACAGGAAGCAUCGCCAGUGCUGGUGGGCAGGCCAGUAGUGGAGGGAGUGGCUCAGUGGGCUGCAAACCAUCAGACCUGCCCACAGAAGGGGGCAGUCUAAACCAGUCGCUGGCGUCUAGCCCAGCCUCACUCCACUCUUUAACCUCCAGUGGGCACCAGUUGACGGCGAGUCUCAGCAGUUCACCAGGAGGCAGUAAGGACACUCUCAGCUAUCCUUCCCUGACCAGCCUGCACACCAGCUCUGAGUCGAUCGAUCUCCCGCUCAGCUACCAUGGCUCAUUGUCCGGACUGACCACAAUGCCCAAAGGGGAAGUACAAAAUCUGCUAAUGAGGACAGGGAGCGUCAAGUCGACACUGUCAGAAAGCAUUCCUCCAUGCCGCAGGAUCACCCAUUCUCGGAAGCAAGACAGUGUGCAACUAGAUCGAAACACGCUACCUAAAAAGGGCCUAAGGUACACACCAUCAUCCCGCCAAACAAGCCAUGAGGAAGGCAAGGAAUGGCUUCGUUCCCACUCUACUGGAGGCCUUCAAGACACAGUCAGCCAAUCACCUCUGCCCUCACCUUCUGCCAUCUCAUCGCCUUGUAGUGGGGCAUACAAUUUCACUCAUUUAGUAAGCCCUACAGCCAUAUCCCAGUUUCAUCUAUCGGGUCCCAGCAUGAUGCGUUCAAACAGCAUUCCCACACAGGAUUCCUCCUUUGACUUGUACGGAGAUUCUCAGUUGUGCGGGAGUGCCAAUUCCCUGGAAGAAAGACCGAGGACGAUGAGCAGAUCUGGAUCAUUCCGGGGCAGCAUGGAAGAGGUUCAUGGAUCGUCACUAUCACUGGUUUCAAGCACAUCAUCUCUGUACUCAACAGCUGAAGAGAAAGCACAUUCCGAGCAAAUUCGAAAGCUGCGAAGGGAGCUCGAUACAUCCCAAGAGAAGGUUGCGACCCUCACCUCUCAACUUUCUGCGAAUGCUCACCUCGUGGCUGCCUUUGAACAGAGUUUAAGUAAUAUGACCUCACGGCUGCAGAACCUAACCAUGACAGCAGAACAAAAGGAGUCGGAACUAACUGAACUGAGAGAGACCAUUGAGAUGCUGAAGACACAAAACUCUGCAGCUCAAGCUGCUAUUCAGGGAGCGCUGAACGGCCCAGAUCACACAAACAAAGAUAUGCGGAUUAAAAGACAACAUUCAUCAGACAGUGUUUCAAGUAUCAACAGUGCGACCAGCCAUUCUAGUAUCGGGAGCGCAAACGAUAUCGAUUCAAAGAAAAAGAAGAAGAAACAGAGUUGGGUGAACAGUAAAGGAAGCCAGUUGAGAAGCUCAUUCAAGCAAGCUUUUGGUAAAAAGAAGUCAUCCAAACCUAAUCUCUCACACUCAGACAUUGAAGAAAUCACCGAUUCCUCACUUCCAUCAUCACCCAAAUCACUUCAAGAUUCAACAGACCCUGGAUCCCUGAAACCAUCACAGUCAGCAUCUGCCAUCUGCGAGUGCACAGAAACUGAAGCCGAGGCCAUCGUGCACCUUAAGAGUGAGCUGCGGGAGAAGGAGCUGAAGCUCACUGAUAUCCGGCUGGAAGCGCUCAGCUCUGCGCAUCAUCUGGAUCAGAUUCGGGAAGCAAUGAACAGGAUGCAGAAUGAGAUUGAACUUCUUAAAGCUGAAAAUGACCGUUUGAAGUCAGAGACUGGAAGUAGCAGUGGAGCAGCACGCACUCAAUCCCAGUCUUCAACCUCAUCUUCCUCUUCCUCAUCCCGCCAGUCUUUGGGACUUUCCUUGCACAAUCUCAACAUAGCAGGCGCUACAACAACAGAUAUCUUGCCUGAUGAUGGGUCUGAUGGUUCAUUUCGUAAAGAGGGCUGUAGCGUGAGAAUUAUGAUUUGCCUGAACAAACAACUCAAACGCACAAAGGACGAGAAGCCUCCUCAGUAUCUGAUAGGUUCAUUAGGAGUCAGCGGGAAGACAAAGUGGGAUGUUCUUGAUGGUGUUAUCCGUCGAUUAUUUAAGGAGUAUAUUUUCCGUUUGGACCCGACCACAAGUCUUGGGCUGUCCUCUGACAGCAUUCUCAGCUACAAUAUAGGUGAUAUUGUAAGAUCCAGCAACCUGGAGCUGCCUGAACUGCUGCCCUGUGGAUAUCUAGUUGGUGAAAGCAACAUCAUUACUGUGAAUCUUAAAGGUGUGGCAGAGAAUAGCGUGGACAGCUUGGUGUUUGAGACACUGAUUCCAAAACCCUUAACGCACCGUUACCUCAAUGUUCUGCUCGAGCACCGAAGGAUCAUACUGUCUGGGCCCAGCGGUACUGGAAAAACUUACUUGGCCAAUAGACUUGCUGAAUUCCUGGUGAACAGAUCUGGACAUGAAGUCACUGACGGAUCAAUAGCCACAUUUAAUGUGGACCACAAGUCGAGCAAGGAAUUGCGCCAAUACCUAUCAAAUCUGGCCGAUCAGUGCACUACUGCAGAUAAUCGAUCUGAUCUUCCUUUAGUGAUAAUCCUGGAUAACCUCCAUCAUGUUGCUUCAUUGAGUGACAUCUUCAAUGGAUUCCUCAAUUGUAGAUACCAUAAAUGCCCAUAUGUUAUUGGAACAAUGAACCAAGCUGUCUCUUCAUCUGCUAACUUGGAGCUUCACCACAACUUCAGGUGGGUACUCUGUGCCAAUCAUACUGAACCUGUGAAGGGAUUUCUGGGUCGAUAUCUACGCCGUAAAUUAAUUGAGACUGAAAUCGACAGAAACAUGCGCAACAGUGACCUCCUGAGAAUCAUCGACUGGAUUCCCAAAGUGUGGCAGCAUUUAAAUGGUUUUUUAGAAACGCACAGUUCGUCUGACGUGACUAUUGGUCCUCGUCUAUUCCUCUCAUGCCCUUUGGAUGUAGAUGGCUCCAGGGUUUGGUUCACAGAUCUUUGGAACUAUUCUCUUAUACCUUACCUUCUGGAAGCAGUUCGAGAAGGCCUUCAGCUGUACGGGAAGAGAGCGCAAUGGGAGGAUCCCGCUAGGUGGGUUGUGGACACGUACCCAUGGAGCGCUGGCUCAUUACAGCAUGAAUGGCCACCCCUGCUGCAGCUGCGCCCUGAUGAUGUGGGCUAUGAUGGGUACACGUCUGCCAAGGAAGGAGCUUCCUCCAAGCAUGUCCCCCAAAGCGAUAGUGAAGGUGACCCAUUGAUGAACAUGUUGAUGAGACUUCAAGAGGCGGCCAAUUACUCCAGUGCCCAGAGCUGUGACAGCGACAGCACCAGUCACCAUGACGACAUUUUAGAUUCAUCCUUGGAGUCAACUCUUUAAAGUAAACUUGAAGCUGGGGCUGGGGUGGGGUGGUGAGCGAUUCACAGACAUCUGGUUGAAAUCCCACCCCACCUCACCCCAUCCACUGAUGGUGUGAAACAGUACAUUGAGGGAUGGACACCCUCCGAGCUCUGGUGAUGAUCUACUGACUGCACGUAGGCAGAAAUUUCUCAAUGAGAGGACAGCUAGCUUGUGUCAGCCAUGUUGAAGGACACACUAAUGGGCACCAAUUGAGUUUGAUUUAUCGAUAAAACAAGUUUGUUGACGUGUACAUAAACAAUAAAAUACACACAAACAUACCUACACACACAAAAUAUAUUGCACAUGAAUCAAGCCAAACUGGAAUUUUGCAAAAUACUUACAUGUGUAAACCUGAUUUUUAUUUUAAUUGAGGUGCUGUAAGGAGUGGAUCAGGCAGUCAAUGUUCCAUCUCUGUCCUAACCUCAGCUCUCUCUAUUAUAUAUUGGUGCUGGUUGAAAUGGCCAGAAACAGUCUUUGGUUUACACUCCUGCCCAUGAUCCCGAUUGCUUGCACGCAAUAAGCACAAAGCGGGGGGGUGGGGGGCAGUGUGCUAGCACAGUGGGGUCAACUUUCAAAAACAUGCUGGACGCAUCUCAGCUUUCCCAGUGCUGCUGUCUGAAGCAAUUUUCCUUUCUAACAGGCUUCAUUUUAUGGAUUCCUACUGCUGUAUGUACAGUGUUUUUUUUAAAUUGCAGGUCUUUUAACUUGACGAAAAGGUCUCUCAGUCACCAGACUUACUUAAACCUCCACCACUGGUACAAGUGAUAAUCUUGGCUUGUGAAGGGCUACAUCAGUCGAGGUUGUGGAAAGUCUUUCAGUGUCCGGGGGGAAUAACAUUCAAUACGGUGCUGAAUUACUUGCCUUAUUUUUCAACAGGUUACAGGACUAAAAUGAAGCCACUUAAUUUUACCCGUAAAUAUUUGUAUCUUGCAACUCUUGAUUUAUGGAGUUUGAGAGACCGAAAGGGAACAGGUUUAAUAAUUGCACACUCAGUAGACCCAGGGCUUUGGGAGAAUGAGGAGGAGCUACCAUAGGCACAAUAGGGGUUGGGUUUUAUUUCAUGAGUAAAAGGGCAGCUUGAAAUACUUUAACAAGCAAAGACUUUACAUAAGACCCACUCCUGUUCACCUUGUGUGUCUUUUUCCCCUCUCCCCCCACCUUCUUUAUGUUUUUUUUAGAAUUUACAAAUGAUGAUUCAGUGAAGUGGCUAAAGACAAUAAUUGAUGGGUGAAUACAAAUGGCUCUCCACUGAACUUAACCCAGCAGAGCUGGGAGCACUUGACAGAACGGCAUGAGCACAAAAUGUUUUCUUGUACAAACUUUCAGCAUGUUUUUACUGCCUAUAUGCAAAACUGAAACUCUUUCAUAGGGAAGGAGAGGCAGUUUUAAUGUCAACCUGCCUGGCACCCUUCCUAACAUUCCCUCCUCCUCCCCACCCCCAUUAACUCUGUGCUGAAGGGCCAAUGGAGAAUUCAAAUGGGCUCUCACAUCAGUUGGACCUGAUCCCACCAGUUCCCCUCUACCAGGCUGGUUUAGGUUAAAAUUGGCCCCUUGCCUUUCCUGUACUAAUGAGCAAAGGGACAGCUCACUCUGUUUGGGGACA